AGUUAUUGGUUUCACACGCUGGCUGAAGUUGUGGCCAUGGCGGCUUUAGGGCAUGGCGGAGGUUUUCCCAAGGUAUCCAUCCGCCAAGAUGGGUUUUGGAGGUGACUGUGGUAGACAGAUGGUGCAGGCAGGAAGUUCAACCGGAUCCACAUCAUCCAUCAAGCGGAUCCAACGAGAACUCAAGGAGAUCAACGAGUCUCCGUCCAAACACUGGACUGCCGGCCCAGCCACUGACGAUCUCUUCGAGUGGAUCUUUGCCGUUCGUGGUCCACCCGAAACAGAUUUUGAAGGAGGUAUUUACACUGGGAAGAUUGUUCUUCCAGUGAAUUACCCCUUAGCGCCGCCAUCCAUUACCCUGCUGACGCCGAGCGGUCGGUGGGAGGUGGGCAAGAAGAUCUGCCUCAGCAAUACAAACUACCAUCCUGAUCUCUGGCAACCAGCAUGGGGAAUCCGAACUAUGAUGGAGGCAUUACGAAGUCAUUUUCCAGCGGCGGGUGACGGCGCGAUUGGUGCGCUCGACUGGCCUAGCGACAUGCGCAAGCGCUUGGCACAGGAAUCCUUGGACUUUGUGACCAUGCCUGGAAGCUCGGGCUUGUGGUCCAACAAGAAUCGAGAUUUGCUGCCAGAGCUUUCUCCAGAGGAAUUGAAAGAGGAGCUGCCAGAGAAGCCCAAAGAGGAGUCCGAGCUGCUGAAAACUGAGCAGGCGUCGGAGACUCCCAGCGGAGGUCAAGAAGCUCAAGAAUCUCAAGCUCAAGAACCAGUCGAAAAUCCACCUGAGACCAUAGGAGCUCCUGAUGGUGUGCCGCGACGGCGGCAUGUAGGUGGAGGAGAUCCUCCGGGAGAUCCUGCGGCCCGAAGCGCACCGACGCAUCGCCCUCGGAGACGGCGUGAAGGCCCUGAGCGGCAGCGACGAAGUCAGCAAAACGUGGUGAUCCAGUUGCUGAAGCCGCCGUCCACCGGGCGUGGGCGACUCCUGAUGUCUCUGAACCUGCUCAUUGUUUGCGUGCUGUUCUCCUUCUGCAUUGUGCUGUUCGAUGUCAUCAGGAAUCCGCCCAGCCUCUUGAAUCCGCCACCCGAUCAGAAGGUGAAAGAGCCGAAGGUCUAAGGGCUGCAACUCAGUCACCGGCCCCCGGCCUGACUGCGCUGUUGAGGCGACCGGGCUUUCCCCGGGUUCCAUAAACCUUGGCGAAUGCGUCGUCAAAAGGCCGACACCAGCAGCC